AAAAGGAGGGAGAAAGAAGGAGCACUUUUGCUCCUAUAUGUAUCUCCUUGCAGUACAUCUUUGGCAUGAGCAUUCAACAUUCUUCAAACCAUGGAAAAUUCUAGAGAGAUGAGUAAGGAGAUGGCAGAACCACUGCUAAAAAAGGGUGGUGAACAAGAAAUGGCAUCAUCAUCAUCGGAGAGUACAUUCUGCCAAGAGCUGAAGAGGAUAAGCUCCAUGGCGGCUCCAAUGGUGGCUGUUACUGUUUCACAGUACCUUCUCCAGGUUGUGUCGCUGAUGAUGGUGGGACAUCUUGGAGUACUGGUCUCCUUCUCCGGGGUUGCUAUUGCCACCUCUUUUGCUGAAGUUACCGGAUUCAGUGUCCUUUUGGGAAUGUCUGGUGCAUUGGAAACUUUGUGCGGGCAAACGUAUGGUGCAGAAGAGUAUAGAAAGUUUGGGAACUACACUUGGUGUGCUACAUUGACUCUGAUGUUGGUUUGUGUCCCCAUAUCUCUGAUGUGGAUAUUCACUGAUAAAAUACUGAUGCUGUUUGGUCAAGACCCUGAAAUUUCUCGUGCAGCUUGUGAGUACUGCAUAUACCUCAUACCAGCACUAUUUGGCUAUGCUAUUCUUCAGGCUUUGACUCGCUACUUUCAGACUCAGAGUAUGAUCUUUCCCAUGGUUUUCAGCUCAAUUACCUCACUGUGUUUGCAUAUUCCUAUUUGUUGGGGUCUGGUUUUUACGUUGGACCUAGGACACGUUGGAGCUGCAUUAGCCAUUGGAGUUUCUUAUUGGUUGAAUGUGGUUUGGCUUGCAAUUUACAUACUCUACUCCCCGGCUUGUCAAGAAACCAAGAUAGUGUUUUCUAGUAGUGCUUUACUUUGCAUUCCAGAGUUCUUAAAAUUAGCUAUUCCUUCAGGACUCAUGUUAUGUUUUGAAUGGUGGUCUUUUGAGCUGCUAACUUUACUUGCAGGGCUUUUGCCUAAUCCCCAGCUUGAAACCGCAGUACUCUCAAUCUGCCUUAACGCUACUACCUUACACUACGUCAUUCCUUAUGCUGUUGGAGCUUCUGCAAGCACUCGGGUUUCAAACGAACUAGGGGCAGGGAAUCCAAGGACAGCCAAAGGUGUUGUUCGUGUGGUUGUGAUUCUUGUGGUUGCAGAGGCAGUUGUUGUGAGCAUAGUGUUCUUCAGUUGCCGACAUAUAUUAGGAUACGCAUAUAGCAAUGAUAUGGAAGUUGUGGAUUAUUUUGCAAGCAUAGCUCCCCUCCUUUGUGUGUCUGUCAGUGUAGACAGUCUAAUUGGAGCACUUUCUGGGAUAGCAAGAGGUGGAGGAUUUCAACAAAUAGGUGCUUACGUGAACCUGGGAGCCUACUAUCUUGUAGGAAUUCCUACGGGUUUGUUUUUGGGUUUUCAUCUACAACUAAAUGCCAAGGGACUUUGGAUGGGAAUUCUAUCAGGGUCUGUUCUACAAGCAAUCAUUCUUGCUAUCGUAACAGCACUAACAGAUUGGCAGAAAGAGACAGCUAAAGCUAGGGAGAGAGUGGUCGAGAACUCAAGUAAAACUCAUACUCCAUUUGCUUGCGAUGUUCAAGGCAAGUGAACAAUAAAAAGAGUGGAAGA